CCCACUCGCCGGAGCCCCGGGGCCGGGCGGGCUGCGCAGCCGAGAGGCGGGGGGCCGGACGCGGCUCGCUCGCGGGGCCCAGCGCGCCGGGGCCGCGCGGCUGCACAGCCGGCCUCCGCCGCCGCGGCGCCUGCAGAACCCAGAAGUGAACAGCAGGCGACCCGGAAGGUUUGCGCGCCGCUCCGCACCGAGCCCCAGCCGCGCGCCGCCGCCACCGCCGCCACCGCCGAAGCCGGGAGCCCCCAGCCCGGCCCUACUCGGGCCGCCGGGCUCGGGGCUGCGGCCGCGUCCCGGAGCGCCGCCAGCACUGCCAGGUCCGUGCGGGCCCGGGGCGCGCGGGGGAGCGGGCCCGCCCGCGGGAAAGUUGCGCCGAGUUGCGGGGCGGGGGCCGGGCGGGCGCGAGCGCUGUCAGCGCGGGGCGGCCGCGCUGCGUGGGCCCGGGGGUCGCCGGUGCCUCGGGCCGGGCCCCGGGGCGGCCGUGGCUGCGGCGGCUGCGCGCGCGGGGUAGGCAGCGUCUCCCGCGGCGUGUCUGGGGUUCGUCUCCGAGUGUGUGCGUGUGUGUUUUCCUAAGCCGGGCUAUUCAAACCUGCUGCAAUUCUCCGGUAAACAAUGAUUCAUGGGGCUUAAUGCAAAUAAACGGAUUGCAAACGGCGCGGUUCGCGCACUUUGCAGCCGGCCCGGUGGAGCGGCCAGUGCCGGAUUUCUCCGUUUUUUUGCAGAUCUGCAGAAUAUGGCGUCCCUGUCCUGUUUUAAAAAUAAGCCAGGCUGCCAUUUUUGUUUUUCUUUUGUCUGAAGAUUUUAAUAAAACUGUCUGAGAAUGUGGGAGAGGCGGCUGGAAGCAGAGGGGGCACCCGAAGGGUUGGCUUUUUUCCUUUUCUUUGGAGAGAGCCGGGAGCCUUUCGGGGAGGUGCCGUUGGGAACACAGAGGAAGUGACUGACUGGGGGUUCAGGGCAAGCUCCGUAGAAGAGGGAACCCUUGAGCUGGGUCUUGAAGGAUGAGUAGAAGCUCACCAAGUGGGAAAGGACCCUCUAGGAUGGCCGAACCUCGAUUUAACAACCCGUACUUCUGGCCCCCUCCUCCCACCAUGCCGAGCCAGCUGGACAACCUGGUCCUGAUUAACAAGAUCAAAGAGCAGCUGAUGGCUGAAAAGAUCCGGCCACCUCACCUGCCACCCACCUCAGCCUCAUCGCAGCAGCCACUGCUAGUCCCUCCCGCGCCCGCCGAGAGCAGCCAGGCGGUCAUGUCGCUGCCCAAGCUGCAGCAGGUGCCCGGGCUGCACCCGCAGUCCGUGCCGCAGCCCGACGUGGCACUGCACGCGAGGCCGGCCACCAGUACUGUCACAGGUCUGGGGCUUUCCUCUCGAACCCCUGCUGUGAGUACAUCUGAGUCAACCCCAGGGACUGGAACAGGCACCAGUACCCCGUCCACACCCACCACCACCAGCCAGAGCCGCCUCAUCGCCUCAUCCCCCACCCUCAUCUCAGGGAUCACCAGCCCCCCACUCCUGGACUCCAUCAAGACAAUCCAGGGCCACGGUCUGCUUGGCCCCCCCAAGUCUGAACGCGGCCGGAAAAAGAUCAAGGCAGAGAACCCAGGGGGUCCCCCUGUCCUUGUUGUCCCGUACCCCAUCCUGGCCUCCGGUGAGACCGCAAAGGAGGGCAAGACAUACAGGUGUAAGGUCUGCCCGCUCACCUUUUUCACCAAGUCUGAGAUGCAGAUCCACUCCAAGUCGCACACCGAGGCCAAGCCCCACAAGUGCCCACACUGCUCCAAGUCCUUUGCCAACGCCUCCUACCUGGCCCAGCACCUGCGCAUCCACCUGGGUGUCAAGCCCUACCACUGCUCCUACUGUGACAAGUCCUUCCGGCAGCUCUCCCACCUCCAGCAACAUACCAGAAUCCACACAGGCGACAGACCAUACAAGUGCCCGCAUCCUGGCUGCGAAAAGGCUUUCACUCAGCUCUCCAACCUCCAGUCUCACCAGCGCCAGCACAAUAAGGACAAGCCCUACAAAUGUCCCAACUGCUACCGGGCCUACUCAGACUCCGCCUCCCUCCAGAUCCACCUCUCUGCCCAUGCCAUCAAGCACGCCAAGGCCUACUGCUGCAGCAUGUGCGGGCGGGCCUACACCUCGGAGACCUACCUGAUGAAGCACAUGUCCAAACACACAGUGGUGGAACACCUGGUGAGCCAUCACUCACCCCAGAGGACCGAGUCCCCCGGCAUCCCGGUGCGAAUCUCUCUGAUCUGAGCCACCUGCGGCGACGCCCCGCCCACUUGGCAGACACAGACCCAGGCAGCACCCAGCCUAAUUCCCGCUGGGGCCUCCAGGAACCACCAAGCUCUCUCACAACCUUCCAAACCUGCCAGAAAGCUUGGUCCACAGAAGCCCUCCCUGGCUGGCUCCUGGCAGCCAGGCCAACUGCAAGAUUCUGGACUGUUCUGGUGGCAUCCAAAGACGAUCUCAGAGCACUUUGAACCUGUCUGUUGGGUUUUCUUUUUGUUCCCCCUCCCUCACUUGCUUCACUGUUUCUUGUUUUUAAGUUUGUUUUGGAAAUAACAAAAAGGAUAUUUAUUGGCCAGAAUGUUGGUGCUGCUAAGAACGGGAAAUUAAAAGGACUGGACAGACGGAUACAGAGAACCAGAGGGCAGCGUGGGAACUUCUCUGGCCAAAACCUCAGGUCUUGAGGGGAGGCCUGGGGUUCUGGACGUCAAAGGGGACACCCUCCCUCAGGUGGGAGGAGACAGGAGACAGCUGGAGUGAGCCCUUCACCCGUCACCCAGUCAAACUGCCUGAGCUUUGCCCUAGCCUUCGUGAGCAGAGGGCACAGCAGCUGCCAGGCCUGCCUGGCUUUAGGGCACGGAAAUGAGAGAGGUCUGGAGACCCGCGGGACCAAAGGGUGCAGUGACGGCUGGGUGGCAAGCCCAGGGAAUGGGUUGGGGGCGUGCCAGGUGAGACCUGGCUCCUCCCCUGCUGCCCUGAAGACCACCCCAGUCUACCUCGGUGCUGGCCAGGAAACCUAUCGGCUACCUCUCCCACCACUCCAGACUGUGGGCAGGGGGAUGGAGAGGGAGGGGGCCUGGGACUAAGUGCCCUUUCCAGAAUUUCUUCCAGAAGGGUACAGUGCCCAGGGAGGGGUUGUCCUUCUCGACACAGAUGAGGACUCCCCAACCCAGACCCCAGGCCCUGCGGCAGGGAUAGGAGCCUCCAAAGGAGGACCCAGGAGCAGACCCUGCCCCCAGCCCCCCAAGACAUAUCCCAAUCCGAAAGCCAUGCGUGUCCGUGUAUAUAGGAACUAUGUACAGAACCCAGAGAAGCCCCCUUCCACAUCACCCCCAGAGAAGAAAACUAGACAAAACUCAUCUAUAUAUUCUGUACCUGGAGUCCGUUUGAAUAUUAACUGUGUUAUUUUUAUACACUUUUUAAGCCUUAACUCGCCAUUGAUUUACCAGUUUAACGUUUCCUGGGGUUUCUUUUCCACUGGGAGGGGGGGUCUCAGCCCCCCACCCCCACCCCUUUGUUUGACUUGCGUCGUCUGAUACUCCGUAUUGUAGCUUUUGUCCGCAUGUUACUACCCUGUAAAUAUGCUGUUCCAAUACUGUUAACAGCCUUUGCUUUUUUUCUAUGGGACCUCCAGGCCACCAUAUUUAGAAAUAGUUACCUUAUUAAAAAAGAGAAAAGAG